CACCCGGAUGUCCGCCAUCUUUGUGCCAUCAAAACAAAAUUGGGUUCGUGAUUUUGUGAAUUUCUAUUACGCUCUCUUGUAUAAUAUAUCGACUUUCCCCACUUUGUAAGACAAGCCGGAGGGACAGAAAACAGCAGACAUGGAUCAACCACCAAAAUAUGAAGAGCUCCAUAUAGAUGACGACGAUGAUGAAGAUUCAUCUGCAGUUAUAAUGGCAUUGGUUGUACCCCCACCGUCUCCUGAAGACACCAGACCAAGUACUCCAGUGCCACCAGAAGAUCCAAAAGACGAUACAGAUCCACCUCCUUACAACAUAGCAUCCACUUUACCAAGUUACGAUGACGUACAAAAACAGAAAGACACAGAACCUCUGAUGAAUCAAGACCCUGAAGCCCGGGAGCAUGAUGUAGAUAUGGAUCUUGGCGGGGAUGUCAUGUUUAUCUGUACCUUUAUCAUUGCAUUUAUCUUCAACUGGGUUGGCCUGCUGUUUUCGUUUUGUAUGACAACUACUGUGGCAGGUCGCUAUGGUGCCAUAUCUGGUUUUGGAUUGUCUAUUAUUAAAUGGGUUGUUAUCAUGAUGCACACCGCUAGUUUGACCGACUAUGUUGAUACUUUACCCUGUUUAUGGUGGAUUCUCCUCCUCCUUGGGAUGAUGCUGUUUUUACGUGGUGCAGUCAUGUACAUUAAAGUAAAAAGACAAUUUACGACUGGCGUUAGAACCAGAUUCAGCUAUUUCUAUAUUUACUAAGAACAUUAUUAAAAUACUGCAACAUAAUUCAUUUUAACAGUGGUAAUUAUUAACAGUGAGAUAGGUAGCCCUUUACUCCCUAUGAUAGUUGUAUUUAAUUAAAUCGUGGAUACAUCAGGGUUGUCAUCUGUGUUUAUUACAGUUCUGUAAAUCACACCGUUUCAGUAUUUAAGUAUUUUAUGUUCUGUAUUUACCAAGUGUUAAUCGGGAGGGUGCGUGGGAAUUGAGCAUUUUAUUUUAUUUUUUUUUUGGAGAAAUUUGAAAAAUGGAUUUAAAAAAAAAAUUAUAUAAAAUUAGGGUAAAAGUUUAUUUUUUCUUACCUUGUUUUGUUUUUCAGAAAUCUAUCGGCAUUGUCAAUGAUUUUCUAUGAUUUAUUAUAUUUGCAAUGAUCUAAUAAUCUUAGCUGCGUCUGUUCACUGAAAGGCUCCUCUACAUUGACUUGCACCGUUUUGUAUGAGUCUUAUCACUAUCAUCUGGUUUGGGUAUAUGCAUAAACCAACCAAGUUAUAAAAUGUUUCUAGUAAUUUUAGUAUUUUAAUCUGUAUUGUAAUUCAUUUAAUUAAUCCAUAUUUGCUGAUAAUUAAUUUUUGGUAGCAGUAUAAGCGGAUACAGAAACAGUUAAUGCUAAAUUAUUAAGUUUGAAUUAAGUUUAACCAUGCUCUCUGGCCAAACACAUAUGAGUCUUGUUAUCAUCCUUGGAAUAUGGUCGUUAGCAGUCUUCAAGUGUUAAUAUAUGUCCUUAUGGUGCUGAUUUGUUUCCAUGGUUACUUGUAAAAUUAUCACUGUUCUGUACCAUAGAAAUGAAAAGCCAAAUCUUGCCUGUAGGGGGCGCACUUAUAUAAGUUUGCUAUUUCCAGUAAGUGUGUUGCGAAUGCUAUUGAUUUGUAGUUUUUCUCUUAGCACUUCUAUAGUUCAAAUAGUAUUGCAAAUAUAGUGUACACAUAUUUGUUAUAAUCGAGUCAAUCACGUAAAUUGGUGACCGCCUCGCUGGCUGAAACCCUGGGUCUUGAGAAGUCACAAUUACCAACUUGCUUGUAUCAUAACAAAAUAUACAAGCUUGUCUCGACUAAAAGUGUAAUAUUGUUUUAUUAUGAGCUUCUAAAUUAAAAACAAAAAAAUCAUGAAAUGGAAUUUUAAUAUUUAAAUGGAAAUUUGAAAGUACCAUUGUGAGAAUAUGGGAGAGUGUUUUUAUCAAGGUUAUGAUUACAAAACUGUCUUGAAAUUUUAAGCUUCAUAUUUACUUCAUACUCUUUAUCUUGUUUUCAAAUUAAAUGUUGGUUACUUUAAAUCUUAA